GAAAGCAGAAAAUCACAAAUAAAAUCUCGCAUUCUAGAAUACAUGUAAUUUUUACAAACGCAGGCUCUUUCGUACUUACUAUCUGGCAGUACUUCCCAACAUUGUGCAAACAUUCAACGGCUAUUAGGCUUAUUAUAUUCCUACCCAGACUGGGAAGAAAUGUUGAUUAGUACGAUACUAUCAGUAGUUGUAGUUUACAUUUUUUGAAUGCUUGCUAUGUGCCAAGUCGGAUUUUAUAGAUUAAAAGGCUGAAGCUCAGAUAAGGUAAGUAACCCGUCCAGGGUCGCACAGCAAGAAAGUGUCUGAGGCAGAAAGCAGAGCAGUUCCUUCCCUCCACCCCCAAGGGGGUGCGGAGCCCAGGGCCCCUGCUCUCUGUAGCCUGGCCCCACAGGGCGGCUGCCUCCCUCUUAUCUCAGCUCGGGCUGCCUGCUGGUCCCGCCCCCUCGGGGGAGCUGCCACUUGGAGGCGCCUGGCCGGGAAGGCCUGGUCAGCUGUGUCCGGCGGAGGCAGCUGCUGACCCAGCUGUGGCCUGUGCCAGGGGCGGAAGACGUGGGGGGGAAGCAGGCAGGAGCUCUGGGCCCCCGGCUGGGGCUACAUUAUGUAUCAUCUCCCGGCACCCCUCCGGGCUGGAAUUGGCUUCCUCUGCCUCUUGCUCGCUGGGGCAGCCUGGGCUCCCCCACCCAAUCCAACGGACCCCAAGUUUGAAAACAAAGCGGCCCUGCUGACAGCCCGCGAGCCUGAUGAGUUUCUGUGCUUCACCGAGCGCUUGGAGGAUUUGGUGUGUUUCUGGGAGGAAGCGGCCACCGCCGGAGUCGGCCCGGACAACUACAGCUUCUCUUAUAAGCUCGAGGGUGAGCCGUGGAAGCCAUGCCGCCUGCAUCAGGCGCCCACCGCCCGGGGCUUGGUGCGUUUCUGGUGCUCGCUGCCUACAGCCGACACGUCGAGCUUCGUGCCCCUAGAGCUGCACGUCACUGCGGCCUCCUCGGGCGCUUCACGCUACCGCCGUACCAUUCACGUCAACGAAGUGGUGCUCCUAGACCCUCCCGCCAGGCUUGUGGCUCGGCGGGCCGACGAGGGCGGCCACGUGGUACUGCGCUGGCUCCCGCCUCCUGGGGCACCCAUGGCGAGCCUUAUCCGCUAUGAGGUGAACAUCUCGGCAGAGAACGCCGCAGGGGGCGCACAGAGGGUGGAGAUCCUCGACGGCCGCACCGAGUGCUUGCUGAGCAACCUGCGGGGCGGAACGCGCUACACUUUCAUGGUACGCGCGCGUAUGGCCGAGCCCAGCUUCGGUGGCUUCUGGAGCGCCUGGUCCGAGCCUGCGUCACUGCUGACGGCUAGUGACUUGGACCCCCUCAUCCUGACGCUCUCCCUCGUCCUCGUGCUCAUUCUGCUGCUGCUGGCCGUGCUAGCCCUGCUCUCCCACCGCCGGACUCUGAAGCAGAAGAUUUGGCCUGGCAUCCCAAGCCCUGAGAGCGAGUUUGAAGGCCUCUUCACAACCCACAAGGGUAAUUUCCAGCUGUGGCUGUACCAGACUGACGGGUGUCUGUGGUGGAGCCCCAGCACCCCCUUCCCAGAGGACCCACCUGCCCCCCUGGAAGUCCUCUCUGAGUGCUGCUGGGGGGUGACACAGGCAGUGGAACCUGGGGCAGAUGACGGGGGGCCCCUCCUGGAUCCGGUGGGCAGCGAGCAUGCCCAAGACAGCUACCUGGUACUGGACAAGUGGUUGCUGCCCCGGAGUCUGCCGAGCAAGGACCUCCUGCAGCCUGGUGGCGAUAUGGACAUAGUGACCAUGGAUGAAGCCUCAGAAGUGUCCUCCUGCACAUCCGCUUUGGCCCUGAAGCCUGGGCCGGAGGGAGCCUCUGCUACUAGCUUUGAGUACACCAUUCUUGACCCCAGCUCCCAGCUCUUGCGCCCAAGGGCACUGCCCCCUGAGCUGCUCCCCACCCCACCCCACCUAAAGUACCUGUACCUCGUGGUGUCCGACUCUGGCAUCUCAACUGACUACAGCUCAGGGGGUUCCCAGGAAGCCCAGGGGGGUUCAUCCAAUGGUCCCUACUCCAACCCUUAUGAGAACAGCCUCAUCCCAGCCCCCAAGCCUUCACCCCCAAGCUACGUGGCCUGCUCCUAGGACUCCAGCCCUCAGAGGCUCAGAGACCCAGAAUGACCCCACUUCUACUCAAGGCCCAAGGUUUAUCCGGCAGGGUCAGUGAGGCCUGCUGACCUUGGCUUUCUGCUCAAUUCAUCCUGCUCAGAAAGUCACAGCCUUGCAGUAUUUUUAAAUGUACAGUUUUUUGUGUGUAGAUAGAUAAAUAUAUAUAUAUACUUUAUAUAUAAAUAUA